CAUGAUUGGGGGGUUUUAAGUUACAGGAAAACCUCCUUUAGUUUUCUUUCUUCAACUGUAUGAGAUUUGGACGUCGUGAAAAGACGUCGACUAUAGCUGGAGUUCAAGUACAGAUAUGUGUAGUCGCUAUUUUAGCCAUUUUAAUGAGAGUGCACAGGAAAUAAAAGAAGUGGCUUAAAUCGCAGCGUGACAGAUUCAUUCUCACUGUUGGAUACAUUGCAGAAGAAAAUUUCAUCUUUUUGAACAGUAUAAACAGUAGAAGACGGAGAAAAUACGAAGUAUCAAAAUGACAGUCUUGUUUCUGUGGUUCCAGUUUGUUUUUAUACAGUUUUAUCUUGUCAACAGCGAGGAUAAUGGUUGUGAUGUUGGGUUUUAUGGACCACACUGUUCUUACAAGUGUAGUGAAGGUUGUCUACAUACAUGUGAUCCUAAUAAUGGCGUCUGUGAAGGCGGUUGUAAAAAUGGCUGGGUGGGAUUACAGUGUGAUAGAAAUUGUGUAAAGUUUAGAUAUGGUGCUAAUUGUGUUAGAUCUUGUGGAUCUUGUGCUAAUGAUAAACCGUGUGAUCCUAUAACCGGAGAUUGUCCAAUCGGUGGAUGUGUACCAGGAUGGAUUGGAGAUAAAUGUGAUCAAGUUUGUGAACCGUUUACCUAUGGUGCCAACUGUAACAUGGAAUGUGGUAAAUGUAGGUUGAAGAUGGACUGUAAUAAAAUGUCGGGUGAAUGCAGUGGUGGAUGUGAGCCUGGUUAUAAAGGAAAGACCUGUAGUGAAAGAUGUCCAAAUAAGUCAUAUGGUGUAGAUUGUAUGUUAACCUGUGGACAUUGUCUGGCUAAUACUUCUUGUAACCAUGACACCGGUCAUUGUUUAAAGGGGUGUGCACCAGGGUGGACUGGUACCAAAUGUACACAGAGAUGUCAAGCUGGACAUUAUGGGCGUGGUUGUUUAGGAACAUGUGGUAUUUGUGUCAAGGGAACGUGUGAUCAUGUAACAGGUUAUUGUAACCAAGGAUGUGCCAGAGGAUGGGGUGGUUUCCAAUGUCAAUCAGAAUGUGAACCUGGAUCAUAUGGUAAUAACUGUUCUCAGUCUUGUGGACAUUGUAAAAAACAAACAUCUUGUCAUAGUGUAAAUGGCAUCUGUAGUGGGUGUGAACCCGGGUGGAGAGGUGUCUAUUGUAUGGAAGAAUGUGAAGCUGGUUUUUAUGGAGAGAAUUGUAAGUUUCGUUGUGGACAGUGUAAAGAAGGAACAACUUGUGAUUCUAUGACUGGAUAUUGUCCUGAUGGAUGUCAGCCUGGUUGGUUAGAUAAUACAUGCUCCCAUGCUAAUUUAGAAUCAAGCGAUACAGUUGAUCUGAAACCCAUUCUACCCUUCUUGAUCGUGGCCAUGGUAGUUGUGGUAGCGGCUUUAUCUUGUAUGUCACUAUACUUCUUGGUGAUACGACCCAAACUGCGCAGUAAACCAAACAGACUUCAAACAGCUUCUAGGGCUGAAGAUGACCCUGAAAGAGUUAGAAAUACUUAUGAACAUAUCCAGGGUAGUCAAUGGGAAAUAGCCAGAAGCAACCUUGUCAUAACCAAUCAGCAACUGGGUAAUGGUCAUUUCGGGGAGGUGAAGAAAGGAUUUAUUAAAGAAAGAGGCAGACAGGAACCGGUUGCCAUCAAGUCAUUAAAAGACAACGCCUCAGAAAAGGACAAAACAGAUUUUCUAAACGAGUUGAAUAUCUGGAAGAAAGUGGGUAAACAUCCUAAUGUUGUUUGUCUUGUUGGUGCUUGUCAUAUUCGAGGCGUAAUGUAUGUUGCAAUGGAAUAUGCCAGAUACGGUGACCUUCGAACCUUCCUGAGACGCAGCAGAAAAAACAAAGACCAUCAUACAUAUGCCAAUAUGGCGUCAACACUUCGUCAAACAACACUUUUAAAAUUUGCUCUGGAUACUGUUAGUGGAUUAGCGUAUAUCGCAGAGAAAGGGAUAAUUCACCGUGAUGUGGCAGCUAGAAAUGUUUUAUUAGCUGACCAUUUAACAGCUAAAAUAGCCGACUUCGGUUUGUCUAAAAAUGAUGAUACAUAUGUCAAAACUUCUCGGACGCGUGUGCCAGUUAGAUGGAUGGCUGUCGAAUCAUUGUUUAAUAAUACAUAUACCACUAAAAGCGACGUGUGGGGUUUUGGUAUAUUAUUAUGGGAGAUAUUUACACUAGGUGGUACACCUUACGCCUGUAUAGACACACAACAGUUAUUUAACUUUCUCAAGGAUGGUUAUCGUCUCAAGAAACCUUCACUGUGUGAUCAAAAUCUGUAUGCAAUGAUGUUACAAUGCUGGAAUGAACGACCAGAACGACGACCAACAUUUCCAGAAAUUCAGGGUAGAUUACAACGAAUCAUUGAAGAUAGUCAGGUGUAUAUGAAUAUAAAUACUGAAGAUGAAUCACAAUAUGCUGAGAUUGAUACUGUUAAAGACACUGAGGAUAACAAAGACUGAAUUAUA